AUGUAAAAUAAUAGUUAAUCCUUGUAAGAGGAAAUAAGCAAAGAGGAAGUAGAUGAAACAGAAAUAAUGCGAAGUAGAUAAUUUUAAAUUUUCAGAAAAUCUGUCUUACAUAAACCAGCUGCUAUUGUAAAAUAUAAAUCCCAAAUUGUGAAUUCAGAUGAUGAGGAUGACAAUUAAGUUAAAAAUGAUAAAUUAGAUGAGAAUUAGGAUGAAGAUGAUGAUGAGGAAACUGAAGUUAAGGUAUGGACUGCAAAAAAGUAAAUCCCCAAUAAUCCUAAGAAUGAAUAAAUUUAGGAAAAAAAGGUUGAAAAAGAAGAAGAAAUGGAUAAUUUGAAGCCAUUAGAUUUUGAAGAGGUUUUAAAAUAGAGUUAAAUAAAUUACAGUCUAAACCGAUAAAACCAUUAGAAGGAUAAAUAAAUUAAAAAGUCAUCCUUUGGAGCUGUGUUAAUUACUCAAGUGGAUUCUGAAGAUGAAUAAUCCAAUAAAGACGAGCUUGCAGAUGAAGUAAUUUCUGAGAUUGGGGCCAUCCAUGAAUAAGCUAAUGAAGUAACAGCUGAAAACAGAAUUAUGAUGAGUGUCAUGCAAACAAAAUUUACUUAAUCCAUAUAAAAACAACUUAAAAUGCAAAAAUCUCUUAAUAACUCAUCCAAAAGUAAUUAGCAGGAUGAUAUAUUUAAAUCGAAAAUUGUUUUCAUCAAUUAGACACCAGUAAUUAUAAGAGAAGACGAUCUUUAUAUUCGUAAAGUCAGAAGAAUUCAAAAUUAGUUUAGAUAUGUCAAACCUUAUAAAAAACUUAGGAAAUAACAUAGGUAUAGAGUAAAUGUGAUAAAUGAAUUAAUAUAAACAGAAAAUAAAUAUGUAAAUGAUUUACUUGUAAUUAAAGAGAAUAUUUAAUAACCUCUUCUAAGAAUAAUAGACAACCAAGAUCAUGUAAAGUUUAUGUUUAAUUUGGAUAGUAUUUAUUACUUUAACUUUGAGUUUUUGAAAAUUCUUAAAAAAAAAGAGAAGAUUUUUAAAGAAAAACCUUAUGAUAAAAUUAUGGAUUAGAUCACUGUUUUAUUGGCAGGUUUCAAAUUUUAUUAUGAUUACUGUAAGGAAUUUGAUGCUUCUAAAAAAAUGAGAGAUAAUUAUGCCAACACAAAUUAGGUCUAUAAAAAAUUUUUCAUGGAUCUCAAAAAAAACAAUCCAUAACUCAGCAAUUUAGAUGUUGAAAGCUAUUUAAUUAAACCUGUCUAACGAUUACCGAAAUAUAUAUUAUUAUAUAAAGAUUUAUUAAAACACACUAGUAAAGAUCAUCCGGAUUUCUAAAAUAUUGAAUAAUGCUUGAAGUUUUUUGAAGAAAUUAAUGAUAAAAAUAACAAUGAAAUGAAGAUUUAUUUAGAAUAAUUAAAAAUAAUAGAACUAUAAAAUUAAUUUAGCCAAUAUGUUAAAAUUGCUGAACCUAAUAGAGUCUAUUGUUUUGAAGAAUUUUGCUCCAUUUAUACGGACAAAAAAGAGAACAGUAUCAUUAUGUAUGCAUUUAAUAACCUAUUAUUAUUUGCUUAAAAGAAGUUAAAUGGAUAGCAGACCUACACUUUUCAUAUUCAACUAACUUAUCAAUCUUAUGUUAAAGAUAAAGAAGAUACAAAUUAUUUUGAACACUUUUUUGAAGUUGUUAAUAAGACAGAAUCUAUAAUCAUAAUUAAUUAGGAUAAAGAAUCUAAAUAAUAAUUAAUGAAUAAAAUGUAGGAUAUCAUUCAAAAAUUGAAAUAAAAACAAACAAACAUGGAAUAAUUAAAAAAAACUGUUAGUUUAGUAUCCGUACCUAGUGAUCCUUUGAAAGAAGAAUAAAAAUUAGAGUAUGAAAUAAAAGUAGUUAUUAUUGGAACAGAAACAAGAAAUAACAAACCAAAUCCAUAUACAGUUUAUAUUGUAUAGAUAUACAUUUUAGAAUGUCAAAUAAAAAUAUUUGUAAGAUACAGUUAAAUAGUUUCUCUACAAUCGAUUGUCAAUAAAUUUGAUACAAGUUUAAAAGUACCAGUAUUUUCAACAUUAAAUUGGUUUCAUUCAAAUGAUUCAAAAGUUAUAGAAGAAAGAAAAAUAUUAAUUGAGAAAUUCUUAUCAUCCGUGUUGAAUUCCUUUAAAUGUCAAAACAAUAUUGAAUAUUAGAAAUAGGUUUUAGAACUAUUAAGUUUAAGUUAGGAUUUCUUCUAGAUUCCUAUUAAAAAGAAUAUGGCUUCUUAAGUUAAAUUAGGGGAGGAAGACAUGAUGAAAAUGAUAUUAUAAAGUCAAUUUUCUGGUAGCAUUCAACCUAAUCUACUUUAAUCAAUGAUAAUGAAUAGAUAAUCAACAAACAUCCUCUAAGCAGCAAAAGCAUAAAAUUAGAGAUCAAGUCUAUUAAAUUUAGAAAACGAUAAUUCAGUUGUAAUUGGACCGACUGCUAACAAAUAACCAUAUUUUAUAGAUGUAAGUUUAAUGGAUGGUCGUACAAUUACUGUUGGAUUUAAAAAGCAAACCUUAACAUUAUUUAUUAAAAAUGAAGUUGCCAAAUUUAUUGGAUUAAGAUAAUGGCUUGAUUUUAGAUUGUUUAUUGUAGAUUGGAAUAAAGAUUAAAGAGUUAUAGAUGACGACGAAACAAUGUCAUCGAUAUUGGAUGCUCAUAAAAAUCAAAAUAAUGGUUUGAUGAAUGCAUUUAAGAAGUUAUUUACCCAUGAAUAAAAAUUCUAAUUUAUCUUUAGAAAAUACUUCUUCUUGUCUUAGAAAUAGGAAGAAGCUGAUUACAAACAAGACGAAUAAAGACUCAGGUAUAUGGUAUAUGAUUUAAUUUGGGAAACAAGAAACGAAAAAUUUUAAUUCAAUUUCAAUGAGUUUUGUUUGUUAACUGCUUUAUUCUUCUAUUCUACAAAUACAAGCCAAGAUUAGCUUUCAACUCUCUUAACUAAAACAAUACCCAAGAAUACUUUAUAAAGUAAAAAAGAAGAAAUUUGGCUAAAAGAAGUGGUUAAUAAUAUCAAUACAUUAUAAUAAUAAUUAAAGUUAGUUUAAAAAGAGAAUUAUUAAUUAUCAAUUAAUUAAAACAAAAAGUUGCAUACCUCUAUAACAGGAAUAGCCUAAUUAAUUAUUAUGAAUUUCUUUAAAAACAAUUAACUUUAUGGAAUGUCUUUAUUUUUUGUAGAAUGUAACAGGGAAACUAUUUCAAUAUUAUAGAAGAAGUUUAACCUAUAAGUUAAGAGUAAUAAUAUCUUUGUUGGAUUGAAUUACAAUGGAUUUCAUCUCCUGAAACCAGAAAACAAGACUGUAGUUUAUACAUGUCAAUAUGGAAAGCUCUUUGAGAUGAAGGCAUGUACAACAGAGUUUUGUUGCACUAUUAACAAUUCCAAGUUAAACUUUAAAACCUAAUUUCCUUUUGAAAUAAAAUCUUUGAUUUUGGAGUAUUAGUAAUUAUAAGAAUUUACAAAAUAAUUAGCAUAUGGAGUCAGCUGA